AUGACUUCAACGUCCAUUUUUCUUCCAAACGCAGGAUGGUCUCUUCAAUGUCAUAUGUGCACAGGGGACAUCGAGACAUGCAACGAAGUAACCGCAAAAAGAAUGAAUUGCUCCAGCGGAAAGGAUUACUGUGCCUCCGUGGUGACGAAUACUGACCCUGGCGUCAACUUCCUGUUUGGUUGCGCAAGCAGAUUGGACUGCGAAGCAGCCCGGGCUUCCUGCAAUGCAAAAAUGAAAAAGUAUCCAGGGAUAACGUGUAAUGCCACUUGCUGUGGCUCUGAUUUUUGCGUGAAGCCUUACCCUGAAAGUUAGUUGAUAUUACCUAACAAAAAAGCCCGUUCCAAAAACCUCCAGAACAAUGACAAACCGCUGGGGACGUUUCGCGUGGAGGAAAGUCUGCGUCUCAGCGACAGAAAUUCCAUACUGAUGACGUAAAUCAAUGUUUACAUAAUAAAUCCGGUAGUCAUGGGGUUCCAAAUGCAAAAUUUUACGUUUCUCCUGGUCGAUUUUGGCAAAGUUUUGUUUCAUCUGCGAACGAGCUCCAGCAAAUCUCAAAUGCCUCUUCUAGAAAAGACUAUAUUCCACAAAUACUGACUGUUUUGUUAGAGAUUUAUUGCGUUUACAUUUGCCCUUUGCGGCCUUCUGUCUGUCAUUAGUAAACAAUAGCUAAAACAAUGUAACUACUCCGUCUACCAAUCAGCGCUUCUGACCGAAUUCCGGACAGAUUUUACGUCAUCAGUAUGGAAUUUCUGUCGCUGAGUAGCAGACGUUUCUCCUCGCGAAACGUCUCCAGCGGCGAGGAACGAGUGGAAACAGCUGUUUUCGCAGGAUAUGACAGACAUGUAAUGAUUCUGAACUUGUGACCAAGAACCGUUCCUACAAUAGGUUUUGGACAUGUUAAAAUAUUAUCUUGUUGCAUUGUGCAAAACAAAUGUUUCGAUUUUGAUUUUCCCCAUGCCUUUGACGUCGUAAUGGGGAAACAACAAACUGCUAAACAUGAUUUAACGCCUUUGAAACAAAAAAUAGGUUUUCUUGCUCUAGUGUGCGGAUCAAGUGACGAUACCAAAAGGAAUAUUCUCUUGUAAAAUUGAGGAUAUCCAUUAUAACGUCUAUGCAUCUCAGGUUGUAUUUCAAAUACAUCAGAAGAUCCAAUCUCCCAUGUUAAUUCAUGUAAUUCAUAUUCAGAAAAAGACUAAUCAAACGCGCCAGUGGUGAAGUUUUAAGGAAUGGCAUGUAUUAUUAAUUUUUUUCAGACUACAAUCCGCUACAAUGUUACGAAUGCCAUUCAAUGACAGACUGCAGUGAAACGGCCAAAGCAAAACGGUGCAGCUCUGGCGAAGAUCGUUGCAUGAAAGUUAUGACGGAAGUGGCAUACAAGGAUUCCAAUUUGGUUUACAAGACAUAUAGAAAGGGGUGUGCUACCAUGGACCAGUGCACAAACAUGAAGAAAAACGUCUUCUACAGCGACUGCACAGACGGGGACAAGUGUCAUAUGAGUUGCUGUGAAGGAGAGCUGUGCAACGCGGGUUCCAGUUUUGUGGUCAGCGCUUUCACUUUGUUGGCAUGCGCAGUAUUUACAGUGUUUCGUCUGCGAUAG